AAUACUGUGCAGUAUAUGCGGUUUGGCAAAAGCGCAGAUUAAGCUGCGGUCGCAAUGUUAGUAAAUGAGGCCCAAAGUUCCUAAUCGAUCUUACCUUUUUCCUUUGCUCUUAAAGUGCACCAGAUUGAGGCAUUAAACUUAAAAAAAAAAAACACACAUUCUUCUUCCGGGUGAACAUGCUCCCAGACCCCCCUAGGGUCAUAGUGAGGUCAUAGUGAGGUCCACCCACCAUAGUCUCACAAAAUCUUUUCUGAAACACUGCCAAAUGGAGAUCAGAGAAUCCCAUAGUACCUGCUUCUUGAUGAACUCGUGAUGGCCAGAAAUCUGUUGAAAGACCCCUGAUAUGUUGGAGAGGACAACCACAUGUCUUUCCAGAUCUGUCUUGAUACGACUAACAUAAGAACCCUUUUCCUGGCAAUCCCUGUUCUUCAAUGGGAAAGCUGAGGGUGAGGCAUACAGAUGUCAGUGACCUAACCAAUACUCUGGACCUCCCCAUCAUCAGAAUUUGACGGGGGUCGAAUGAAUGAUGUAAUGUUAAAUCAGGUUGAGGGAGAGAAUACAUUUACAUUUAUUUGCAAUUUUUAACCCUUUAAUAAAGGUCCCUCAUUAUAAAUUACUUUAAUGACUUUUCACAAACUCUUCAUUCUCCAGAAUAUUGUCAAAAUGUCAUCAGAGAGGGAAAAACCGCAUCCUGAUGAGGUGAAACCCAAGUCCCUGGUGAAGUCGAUUAUUGUCAAAAUGUCAUCAGAGAGGGAAAAAACGCUUCCUGAUGAGGUGAAAACCAAGUCCCUGGUGAAGUCGAAUAUUGUCAAAAUGUCAUCAGAGAGGGAAAAACCGCUUCCUGACGAGGUGAAAACCAAGUCCUUGGUGAAGUCGGACCUGGCGUACAGUACUAGUGUUGGGCCUCAGGAAGCAGUAGUGAAGAGCCUGGAGACGGAGAAGCCUUCAAAUCUUCUCAAAAUGUCAUCAGAGAGGGAAAAACCGCAUCCUGAUGAGGUGAAAACCAAGACCGUGGUGAAGUCGGCUGACAGUCUUCCUAAUAUCCCUGGGACUACCAGUGAACUUCUUAUGGACGCUGUGGACACGUCCACCUCAACACCAGCUGCACCCCCUCCCUGCACCAGUCCAGACUCUCCAGAUUGUAGCAAAGAUCCUACCAUAUGUCCCAUCCUGCCAGGGCUGGAGACCAUCAUUGAGAUUUCUAAAGGUCGCUCCGGACUUGGUCUCAGCAUCGUUGGUGGCAAAGACACCCAGCUGGAUGCUAUAGUGAUUCAUGAGGUUUAUGAGGAAGGAGCUGCAGCAAGGGACGGCCGUCUGUGGGCCGGAGACCAGAUCCUGCAGGUGAAUGGAGUGGACUUGCGUGGCGCGACACAUGAGGACGCCAUUUCGGCUCUGCGGCAGACACCAGCCACAGUGCAGCUGGCAGUUCUGCGAGACGAGGCGAGGCAGCGGGAUGAGGAGAGCCUGGACGUGUUCACUGUAGAGCUGCAGAAGAAAGCUGGACGCGGCCUUGGCCUCAGCAUCGUGGGCAAGAGAAAUGGCUCGGGUGCGUUCAUCUCUGACAUAGUUCGGGGCGGAGCAGCGGAGGCUGAUGGCCGUUUGAUGCAGGGGGAUCAGAUCUUGGCUGUGGAGGGGGAGGACAUGAGACAGGCAUCCCAAGAGACAGUUGCAGCUAUCCUCAAAUGUGCCAGGGGAAGGGUGGUGUUGGAACUUGGCCGACUGAAGGCAGCCUCUUGGGUGUCCUCCCGCCACCCCUCACAGGGAAGCCAGAUGAUGCCAAAUACCAACAGCAGCAAUGCCACCUAUGCCUCUCUGGCAGGAAAUACCGUUCAGAACAUCCACAAGCCUGAAAAUAACAUGUCCACCAAGAGCUCAGGACCUGACACAGGCCUUCGUACUGUGGAGAUAAAACGAGGUCCUAAUGACGCCCUAGGCAUCAGUAUAGCAGGAGGGAAAGGCAGUCCUUUGGGGGAUAUCCCCAUCUUUGUGGCCAUGAUCCAAGCCAAUGGCGUGGCAGCUAAGACACACCGACUCAAGGUGGGUGACCGCAUUGUAUGCAUAAACGCACAGCCUCUCGAUGGACUUUCCCAUCCGGAGGUGGUCAACAUGCUGAAGAAUGCCUAUGGAGACAUCAUCUUACAGGUGAUCGCAGACACCAACAUCAGCGCCAUUGCCAGUCAGGUGGAGAGCAUGUCCCCGAGCCUCCGUAGCACUGCUACCCGCGAGGCCUUGAGCACGGACCCUGAGUGA